AGGAAACGGCUCACUGUGUGUGUGUGUGUCACCAUCUCACAGCCUGUUCAUUUCGGCCUGGUGUGCAGAGGGUGUUGAGAGGAGAUGAGCGGCAGGGUUGGAGAUCUGAGCCCGAAACAGGCCGAGGCUUUGGCACAGUUUCGGGAAAGAGUCCAAGAUGUCCUGGCACAGUGUCCGUCUCAGAGCGACCACUUCUUACUGCGCUGGCUUCGAGCCAGAAAUUUCAACGUGCAGAAAGCUGAAGCGAUGCUACGUAAGCAUUUGGAGUUCCGGAAACAGAUGAAGGCUGAUACUAUCACCACUGACUGGAAGCCUCCUGAGGUUUUAGAGAAGUUUCUCUCAGGAGGAAUGUGUGGCUACGACCGAGAGGGCAGCCCAGUGUGGUACGACGUUAUCGGACCGGUGGAUCCCAAAGGUCUCCUUUUGUCUGCCACUAAGCAGGAUUUCAUCAAGACAAAAGUACGAGAUUGUGAGAUGCUACAGAAAGAAUGCACAUCGCAGAGUGAAAGGUUGGGUAAAAAUGUGGAGUCCAUCACUAUGAUCUAUGAUUGUGAAGGUCUGGGCCUGAAGCAUCUCUGGAAGCCUGCUAUAGAGACGUACGGAGAGGUUUUGACAAUGUUUGAAGACAACUAUCCUGAAGGACUGAAGAGAUUAUUAGUGAUAAAAGCACCAAAACUGUUUCCUGUGGCGUAUAAUCUGGUGAAGCACUUCCUAAGUGAAGACACUCGCCACAAGAUAAUGGUUCUGGGGUCCAACUGGCAGGAGGUGCUAAAGAAACACAUUGACCCUGAAGAGCUCCCAGCCAUCUAUGGAGGGAAACUGACCGAUCCUGAUGGUGACCCACGCUGCAGGACCAGGAUUAAUCAGGGUGGCCUGGUGCCCAAGUCUUACUACGCACGGGAUUUUAUUAAGCUGCAGUACGACCAGUGUGUGUCCAUCAGCCGCGGCUCCUCCCAUCAGCUCGAGUAUGAGAUCCUCGCUUCAGGCUGUGUGCUCAGGUGGCAGUUCUUCUGUGAGGGUGGGGAUGUCGGCUUUGGGGUCUUCAUGAAGAAGAAACGGGGUAAAUGGAUGAAAGCAGGCCAGAUGCAGGAGGUCAUGGCCAGUCAGCGCUACAACGCACACCUCGUACCUGAGGACGGAUCGCUCACCUGCACUGAGCCUGGAGUGUACGUGCUACGAUUUGACAACACUUACAGCAUCUUCCAGUCCAAAAAAGUCAGCUUUUCUGUGGAAGUCCUCUUACCCAGCAGCGACAGCCAGUCACGGCCUGAGACGAGCAGGACGCCGGGAGGCGACGUUCAGAAUGGUCAAUAGGGUGUGAUUCUUGACCUGCCUGUUUAGAGAUGAUCCAGCAUAGCAAAACAGUACUUGAAAUGGCUUGUCUCAUGCACAGUAAUUUGGAGAAAAAAAGUUUCAAAACUGUAAUUACUCGUGGUACGAGAAGAAAGUGAUCUUUGUUGAAGACUUGAUGUCACUUCAGUGCAACAUAGUUGAAGUGAAUAGCUGCACAAAACUUAAAGCAUAGCAUUCAAAUCCCUUCAGCAUUUAGCUUGUCCAACAGAAUCUACAUCAUGGCAGUUUGACGUUUUAUAUCAUUUUUUCUGCGCUGAUUAUGUUUCUGUUCAGCUAUGCUUGCUGCAGAGGAGGUUUCGCUGAAAUAGAUGCUUGCUUUGGCGAUGAAACACAAGCACUUAGUGUUAUUUCUUAUGGAUAGUAUAAGCAUUAAUGUGAUGAUUGAUACGGUACUGUGCUAAAGUCUAUUAUUAUGUCCACGUUCACUGGAUAUGAGCAAUGGUGCGCUCUGAUUGGCUACUCUACCACUAGGAUAUCAGCUCAUAUACCGUGAGUAGAGAAAAACAAAAUGGCGGCACGUGUUGCUGAACCAACUGAGGACGAAAUAAAAACUACUCGAAAACAAAACCCCCAAAAAAUACAAAAAAAGCAACAAAAUAUGUAAUGAAAGUAUUUGAUAAGAGCGUAUCUUUUUUUUUCAAGAAUUAUUAUAAUUAUUAUUAUUGCAUUUUUCACAAAUUGCUCCUGUCAUUUCGCUGGUUUGGUUACACUGUUCAUCUCUAAGCAUUAAAAUUUGUUGAAUUUUUUUUUAGACUGGUUCAAAAGCUCAAAGAAGUUUGAAAAUUACAGAACUGAAAUGUCCAAGGAAGAAUUAAAUAAAUGUCUAAAGCUAUUCUAUACCUUGGCAAGAUGGCACUUUCUACAAAAAAAGAACACUAAAGUCAAUUCAUGCAGUCAUCGAUAGGUUUUUAAGUGGAAAUGAUUUUGUCAGACGUUUUGUAUGAAGUUUUUUUUUUAAAUUGAAUUUGCAAAAAAAAAGCAGUAAAAAUGCUCUGUUUCUCAAAAUCCAGUGAAUGUGGAUAGAAUAAAACAGUUAUUCCACUCAAUCUUGUUGUACAUGGCUUAUAUCCAACUCAGUGUUACGUGCCUCGUCGGCUAUCAGCUCAUGUACGACUCGAUUUCAUGGAAUAACUGUUAAAUAUACAAAUAGUACAAAUAUUAAAAUUUUUAAUCCAGAUGUUGAUUUUAGGACAUCUGCAUUACUGAGUCAAUACAAACGCUUUAUAUUUCUAGUAAUAUGUAAAUGUUACCCAAAAACAUUUGCAUGUCAGUAAAGAAAGCAGCAUAUUACAUAAGAGAUCACUUUUCAAACAACAACAUAAUGAAGGCUGCUGGGUUUUGAUGCAGAAAUACUGUACGACGCGAGUGUGACAGUCAAAGUGUCCAGAAGAACUGUGGCUGGUUCUGCGACAUAUUCAUUCGAAUGUACCAGAUAAUUUCCUUAUAAAAGUGCACAAAUUAUACCUGAGACGCUUUUUUUUUUAAGCAAAAUGUCGUCACACCAAAUACAGUAUUGAAUUUGUUUAGUUUAUUAUUGUGUAUUUUUUAUAUCGAAACAUUUUAAUUUCAUUCUUUCUGAAGACGUCUUCACUUUCCGGUAUUUCAUUACAGACUUUUGCACGGUACUGUAUAUGUAAGGUGUCUGUUUUGAUAGAGAUGGAUAAGAGAAUCAUAUACGGUACUUCCAUUGUGUUCCUAUGAACAUAAUAUACCAAUAGUGGAAGGUUACUCAUUUUAAAGUGUCUCUAAUGCAAAACUCAUACUGCUCGUUUAAAAAAUAUAUACCAUCUUCAAUAUCCUGUUAGGGGCAUGGUAUAUUCAGAGCCUUUCAUGGGAACCUUAGAGUAACCAAUCCACCUACUGGCAUGUUUUUUGGGGGAAAAACACAUGGACAUGGGACAAACAUGGGAAAUGCUAUACAGAUUGAAGCUAACCUAAGCUAAAGAUCGAAGCGAAACCCGAGAGCUAUGAGACAAUAACACUACCCACUGAACCUUCACGUCUUCCAAGCAUGAAAACAUUUACUGAAAAAGAAGCUGUUCAAAAGUUAACGGGAUUGUUAGAAAGUUAUCCAGGUUCCUCAGUUGGGAUAAAAAUCAGUGGGACCCAAGAAUCUGGAUGUGUAUUCAAGAAUAACGUCACAAGAGGGUUUUUUUUUUAAUUAUUAUUAACCAGUAUAAAACCAAUAUUAUAGUUUAAACAACAAUGGAUUCAGAGAAUGCUUUAUACUGACUGAUAAUCGCUACACUGUCAGAAAUAGGGGUAUAAUUACAGUAGGAGUCCAUUUCUGAGCCCUAAGGUACAGUCGGCGCUCAUGUACUUCCAAGGGCUCAUUAUUGGACCUCAAGGUAACCAUGUGUAGCUUUCUAGGGCCAAAAACAGUACAUAUAUGUUCCCAAGUUGUCUAUAAAGGGUACAAAUGAGUACCUAAGAAGGUACUGAUCCAGUGACAAGCCGCUAUACCCCUAAAGGUACAAUAACGUACUUAAUUUUCUGAGAGUGUAGGUUUUUUUAAGGACCAUUUUGGUAAGAUGUAAGUAACAGUGUCCGGCUGAAUUCACUCUUAUUUCUAACUUCGCCAAAAAGAAUCUUAAUUACUGAUGUCAAACACAUUUCAUUGUAAACUUGUGCGUAUAAACUAAGUUAAUGAAACUUUAGUGAAGCUUUAUAGUAUUUAUACCAUAAGCGCCUAUACAGUGUGUAUAGCUGAGUGCAAAAGUUUGCAUACCCUUAAGACAAAAUGCGAAUUAUACCAAGAAGACAUUUAUCCAGUUGCAUUUCAGAGAUUCCUUCAUUAUCAUAGGUUAAAAAUAAAUAAAUAAAUAAAUUGUAAAGUAGUGCAUGUGAAUAGUAAAAUGAAAAAGACACCAGUUUAAAAGUCUGCAUCAUAUUUUUGACUACAAUAUACUGUAACUAUUUUCCAAUAGUUUAAUAUAACUAUAUAACUAUAUAUAUAUAU